AUGCAGGGUAUUAAAGAGCCUGAGCUUAAUCAGGACUAUGACCUCAGCACUCCAAUCACAUCUACCUCCGGCCUGCGUCAGGGUCUAACAUCGUAUGGAGAUGCACAUUUCUCUCUUUUUCUCCGCAAGGUGUUCAUUAAGGCCCUUGGAUUCUCGGAAGAUGCCCUUUCCCGACCUAUAGUGGGCAUUAUCAAUACAUUCUCAGGGUUCAAUCCCUGCCAUGCAAAUGUCCCGCAGCUCAUAGAGGCCGCCAAGCGCGGUGUCCAUCUCAAUGGAGGGCUGGCAGUGGAAUUUCCCACAAUCAGUGUUCAUGAAUCAUUCUCACACCCCACGAGUAUGUUUUUACGGAAUUUGAUGAGCAUGGACACCGAGGAGAUGAUUCGUGCUCAACCAUUGGACGCAUGUAUAAUGAUCGGAGGCUGUGACAAGACUGUUCCUGCUCAGUUGAUGGGGGGAAUAUCCGCCAACAAACCAAUUCUUCCCCUGAUCACUGGUCCUAUGUUACCAGGUAGCCAUCGUGGUCAGAGAAUUGGCGCCUGUACGGACUGUCGCAAUAACUGGGCAGCAUUCCGAGCCGGGGAAAUAGACGUGGAGGAAAUUUCAGCCAUCAAUGAAGAGCUAGCACCAACGAUCGGGACUUGUGGCGUCAUGGGAACAGCGAGUACGAUGGCUUGUGUUACCGCUGCGUUGGGAAUGAUGCCGCUUCGCGGGGCCUCUGCUCCAGCUGUAUCAUCUGCACGGCUGCGGAUUGCUGAAGAGACUGGUGCAAAUGCAGUGGCAGUUGCCAAAUUGGCAAGGAAACCCCAAGAGAUACUGACAAAGGAAUCCUUUCUGAAUGCCAUCACCGUUCUCCAGGCUAUUGGCGGGUCGACCAAUGCCGUGGUCCAUUUGCUGGCAAUUGCCAAUCGACACCCUGAGCUUCAGGGUAUGAUUACAUUGCAGACAAUUGAAGAAAUUGGUCGAAAGACUCCUCUUCUCAUCGAUCUUAAGCCGAGUGGUGACAACUACAUGAAUGAUUUCCACAAUGCUGGAGGCAUGCCUGCACUGUUACAAGUACUGAGACCACUGCUUCACCUAUCCGCCGUGACCAUCACCGGUCAAACAUUAGGAGAGGCUCUUGAUGCAGCUCAGUCCAGGCGAGUGUCCUUUCCACAGCAGAUUAUCCGAUCUCUCUCCGAUCCUCUUUAUCCUUCAUCAUCUCUGGCGAUUCUGCGGGGCAAUCUUGCACCCAAUGGUGCUGUCAUCAAAGCAUCUGCCUCGAAAGAUCGAUCUCUGCUCUCUCAUACUGGACCCGCUGUGGUAUUUGAGAACUCUAUUGACCUAGCUCAGCGCAUUGAUGAUCCAUAUUUACCUGUCACAAAGAAUAGCGUGCUAGUCCUGAAAGGCAUUGGCCCAAUAGGCAAUCCUGGUAUGCCAGAAGCAGGACUGAUUCCCAUCCCCCAAAAACUGGCAGCAGCUGGAGUGAAAGAUAUGCUGCGCUUAUCUGAUGGUCGUAUGUCUGGAACGGCUGGAGGAACUAUUGUCCUCCAUAUAUCACCCGAGGCAGCCAUUCCAAGCUCGCCAUUUGGGGUUAUUGAGACUGGUGACUUGAUUGUUUGUGAUCUUGAAAGCCGCAGACUGCAUGUUGAGGUACCAGAAGAAGUAUUGCAGACUCGAAUCCUUCACCGAAAGCAAAUGCUCGAGGCUGAGAAGGGCCCUGUCCAGGCAAGAAAGCAGAGACGAGGAUAUCGUGGGUUGUAUGAGCGAUCUGUGAACCAAGCGCAUGAGGGAACUGAUUUUGAUUUUCUUACUGCUGGUGGUGCAUCUGGGAAAUAG